GGGUAAUAUAAACCAAACCUGAAAAUUAAAUCAAGCGAUAAUUAAAAAUUUUUAAACAAAUAAUUAUUAAUAUCUGAUUAAUAGGAUUACAAAAACGUUAGCAUACAGAUAAAUGAAAAUCUCUAGAUUAUAGAGGUGGAAGUAGUUUGUAAUACAUAAUUUAAUAUAAAUGUUUAAUCUAUUAUCGCCAUAUCGCAAAUUCUAAGCAAUUACAACAUGGAUAAACCUGUGUCUUCGGAUAUUGUACUAAUUGCGGGUAAUUCCCACCCAGAACUUGCUAAUCUUAUUGCUAACCGAUUAGGUGUUAAACAUGGAGGAUGCUCUGUAUAUCAUAAAUCAAAUCGUGAAACUAUGGUUGAAAUCGGAGAUUCCGUACGAAGCAAAGAUCUUUACAUUAUUCAAACUGGAACAAAGGAUGUGAAUAAUAAUAUAAUGGAACUUCUGAUUAUGGCAUACGCAUGCAAAACUUCAUCUGCAAAAAAUAUUGUUGGUGUCAUUCCUUAUUUACCAUAUUCCAAACAAUGUAAAAUGCGUAAACGGGGUUGCAUAGUCUCUAAAUUAUUAGCAAAAAUGCUGUGCAAAAGUGGUUUAACUCAUAUAAUUACUAUGGACUUGCACCAAAAAGAAAUACAAGGAUUUUUUGAUGUACCGGUGGAUAAUUUACGUGCUAGUCCAUUUUUACUACAAUAUAUUCAAGAAUCUAUUCCAGAUUAUCACAAUUCAGUGAUAGUUGCAAGAAAUCCUGGCAGUGCGAAAAAGGCAACUAGUUAUGCAGAAAGAUUACGUUUAGGAAUAGCAGUAAUUCAUGGAGAACAAAGAGAAGCAGAAUCAGAUAUGAAUGAUGGACGUUAUUCUCCACCAGCUCUAGCUUCACGAACUAUGGAAGUUGGAGUUGGUGUUCCAAUGCAUCCUGCAAAAGAAAAACCACCAAUUAAUGUUGUAGGAGAUGUGGGUGGACAUAUAGCUAUUAUGGUGGAUGAUAUGAUAGAUGAUGUUCAAUCAUAUGUAGCUGCAGCUGAAGUUCUUAAGGAAAGAGGAGCUUGUAAAAUUUAUGUUUUAGCUACCCAUGGUCUCUUAAGUUCUGAUGCUCCCAGACUAAUAGAAGAAUCUCCAAUCGACGAGGUUGUUGUUACAAAUACAGUUCCUCAUGACGUUCAAAAGAUGCAGUGCCCAAAAAUAAAGACUGUCGAUAUCAGUAUUCUGCUAGCAGAAGCUAUUAGGCGUAUUCACAAUAAGGAGUCUAUGUCAUACUUGUUUAAAAAUGUCACUUUAGAAGAUUAAAAAUGAUACGAUAAAAACAAUGUAUUCUAGAUACACCGAGAGUUUCCGUAGCUGGGGACCAUAUUUAAGACAUAUCUAUUAAAUUUUGUUUAUUUUA